AUGUACGCGCCUGUACCGUCCAUCCCGCUGCGGUCGGCGAUGAAGCACCCCUCGAGACCGGGGACGCCGUUGGCGGGCACCCCACCAGUCUCGCCAUAUAACUUCACGACUGCCCUCCCGUCGACUUCAUCUACGGGUAUACCAGUGCCGUACACCCAUACCCAUUCCAGUCAGAGUCAACACAGCACGAUCGCAUCAGGCUCGCCAUCUGAGCAUCUCUCCCCCUACAGCACACAAUCGCAAUCACCCACAGCUUCGACUAUCCAUGCACCCCAUGCGCUUUCUCAAGGUUAUACGCCCAAAGUGUCGUUCGAUACGUUUGAGAACCCGGCUGCGUCCAUGUUCUCGUUCACUUUGUCGGUGAAGUCGGAUGGGUAUGUGAGGAACAGACAUACGAGGGUGUUUUUGUGUGCGGCCAGUGCAGAUGAUAGCGGGAGACAGGCUUUGGAUUGGGCAAUUGAAGAUCUGGUGCAGGAUGGUGAUGAGCUGGUCGUAUUCAGGGGUAUUGACCAGGAGGACCUCGACAAGGAUCAUGAUAUUGUACGUGAGGAGGCCCGAGAACUUCUCCUUCGUAUACAGCAGAAAGCUAUGGACCUCGAUCACAACCGUAAACUCUCCAUCAUCGUUGAAUUCAUAGCCGGCAAGGUUACCACCACGAUCGACCGUCUCAUCGCGCUCUACCGUCCCGAUAGCGUCGUCGUCGGUACGCGGGGAACCCGUGGUAUGAAAGCAUGGGGAGCGGCGUUCGGCGCUCCCGGCAUGGGUAGCGUGUCGAAAUACUGUUUGAGUCACUCGCCUGUGCCGAUCAUCGUCGUGAGGCCGGAGAGUAAGGUCAGGAAGGCGAUGGAGAAGAGGAAGGCAGAUCCGAAGAGGGGGAAGCACUUUGACGACGGAACGAGGUUGACUGCCACACGCAGCAAUAUCCCGUCGGUGCCGAUGAUGUCAAGUGUUACCCGAUGA